UAGCCAACAGUUACGCGCUCUAUGUAAUAUAUACGUCAUUGAAGAGAGACGGCAAGAGCUUCUCUGUUUGUCUCGGAGAAAAAUAGUAUUAUUCACACAUUUGAGGUCCACGGAGUCAGCGAAGUGGUCAUAAUUGAUGGAUAUGGAGUUAUCGGUGGAUGUUUGACAAAUUCUUUCAUUAUGGAGCAAGGAAUUCUACAAAGUAGAAUGAAGAACUUUCCCUAAAAUGAGAGACAUGUGAGGAUGACAAGAAUGAUAAUGCUAAUACAUUUUGGUAAAACAAAACAAAAACUGACAGACGACAGUGUAUACAGUUAUAUUGUAAUUAGUUCAGCUGACUUCAUUGACAUCAGACUUUUAUCAGAAAUGCGUAUUACUUUCUGCUGUAUUAUUUUAGCAGUUGCCAUAGUCCUCAACUUGGUCAUACUGUAUUAUGUUUCCCAAGUCCAACAGAGAAUGAUGCAGAAACACAAAGAGCCAGUAAAGACAGGCCUGCUGCAACCAUCUUCCACUACAAUUGCUGGAAUAACUGUACUUGUACGAGAAUUUGAAGACUUUGAGAAUUACAUUCCAGAUGUCAUUCAGUCUUUCUUAAAACAAAAAACAGAACAGCCCAUUUUGAUAUUUGCUGACAAAUUGCCAUACCCUCCUUUAACUUUACCCAGUAGGACUAAUGUCCAGAUAGUGCUUCUUAAAACAUUACUAGACCAGCCUGCUCGUAUUUUUAAACCUGAAUUCCAUGUCCGAACAGAAUACAUAUUAUUAGUACCUGAUGGAAUUCAGCUUGAUAACCCAAAACAGCUUGAGAGACUUUUGCAAGAGCUUGAUUCUCAGAAUGGUAGAGUUCGAAUGGUUGCCGCUCCUGUUCUGUCUGCUGCUUCAGUUCGGUGCCUAGAUCUUAAGGUGAACAUAAAAGAGUGGACUAUUAUAUAUAGCGUGGCCUCCUCUUUUGAUGAAUGUAGUGCAUUAACUGGCAAUGUGGUCAUCUUGCUUAAAACAAAGGACUUUUUUGACUUGCCUUUACCUUUAGCCAGACCACUGAUUACCUCCAUUUUUAUUCAGACUUCUGUACGUGGAUGGACAGUCAGGAUUCUUGAUGAUGUCACAUUUCUGCCAUCUCACCAACCUUUAUUUACUUCAUCUCAUAACCAGUGGAAAGCAGAUAACCUUGUUAAAGAAAGAACGGUACAGCUUUUUAGACAGUUUGACAUUAAACGAGUGAUUGACGUAGAUGGAAAGGAACAGUGGUAUGGAUGCAGAAAAGAAACCUCAAGAUGUUUUGGCACUGUACAUGAUGAUACUCCAGACUAUCUCUACCAAAACCGUUGGACUCCUCCAUGCUGUCUCAGAGCAUUGCGAGAAACUACAAAAUAUGUCAUAAGCAUCUUAGAGAGCUCUGGUGUUCGUUACUGGUUAGAGGGUGGAACACUUUUAGGUGCUGCUCGCCAUAAAGACUUAAUUCCAUGGGAUUAUGAUGUGGAUUUAGGCAUAUAUCUAGAAGAUAUUCCUAACUGUGACGUUCUUCAAAGCUUGGAUUCUGGUUCCAUAGUAGAUGAAAAUGGGUAUGUGUGGGAAAAAGCUAUAGAGGGUGAUUUCUACAGAGUGCAGUACAGUGAAUCCAACCAUUUGCAUGUUGACCUUUGGCCAUUUUACUCUAAAAAUGGUGUCAUGACGAAAGACACAUGGACAGGCCAUAAGCAAGAUAUUGAAUUUCCUGAGCAUUUUCUAAAGCCAUUAGUUCCCAUGCAAUUUGCUGGGAUCACAGCCUAUGCUCCAAAUAAUCACAGGGCUUUUCUGGAGUUAAAGUUUGGAGCUGGGGUAAUUGAAAACCCCCAGUACCCAAAUCCACAAAAGAAGAAACUUGAGUAAUUGGGAGUUGGUGUUAGACUUUUCUGGAAAUUGUGUAUCAAGUAGCACUGUACAAUAAAACGCCAAAUGGUCUUCCCUAAGGUAUACACUAGUAACUGGGAAAGUUGGCAUUUUUUACUUUGUGUUCUUGCUGUGUAAGUCAAAUUUAUUUCAGCUGCAGCUGUUUUAUAAAGAUGCUCAAGUACGACUCAUGAAUUAGGUGCUCAGGGUACUGGGUACUGACUAGGUGUGAGAAGCACAAUCAGCUCUAGGGAGACAGCCGUGUGCUUGGAACAACCACACAGUACAUUGGAAAUUCAGUUUGGGCUUUUUACACAGUUUGAUUUGUUGAAUGAAAAAAGGUGGAAAAUCUCAACUUGACGAGAAUAGGUCUUUUAGGGUUGCAACUGUUGAAUGUUUGUAGAAGGUGGAAAUGUCAUCUUCACCGGAAUUAACAAUUAAGGAUCUGCACUCUGAGUAUUUGUAGAAACUAUGCAGCUUCUACAUGUGUUCACUAAGUUUCAGAAUCACAAAGGGUAGGAGGUGAGGAAUUUUUGGCUUCAGGUAGAAGCAUCACUGAAUCAUAUUUACAAAGUAUUUGUUUUCUCAGAAAUUAUUGAUGUCAUAGUCUCUUGAAUUCUAAGCCACAUUUAUGAAAUUGUUCAGUAGCCACUCUGUGUGACAUUUUUCUGUUUAAUUUAUUGGUCAGCUCUCUAAAAUAGUACUGUAAUGUGUUGUUAAUUAACUUGUGUUAAGAAACCAAGGCGCACCUCAGUACAUUUUCAAAGUAUGAAGUCAAUUAAUUUUCUGCUACUUCUCACUUUACAUGAUGUUCCAUGUAGACACAACUGGUCAUCCUUCUGUAUGUAAUUUUGUCAUAACUCUGGGGUAAAAUUACCUCUGAUGUAUUUAUUUUUUUAUUUUCGGGCUGUCUAUCCCUUGCUACUAACCUCUACCCAUUCUGCUUUUAGCUCAUUCAAUCAUCUCUCACUCCUCUUAAUAUCUGGGGUGGGGGAGGCUAGCCAAAUCCUGCUGUAACCAUGCAAGUAAGCUCUUCCUCUUCAGUGAGAGAGCAACCCUAUGGUCUUUUAAGCCUUAGACUGAUGAACCUUCCCGUCCCCUUCUUGUCCAGGCAGAGGUCUGCCUGAAUUAUGAUGUCAUUCUAUAGGUGGCCCCUUCGUCUCCAGAGAGAGAGCAUGAGGGAGAGCGACCUUGCAGUCCAUUUCCUUUAAGACUGCCUUUUCCCCUCUUAAGGGAGGCAAGAGCUAGGGGCAGGCAUCUUAUAUGUGGCUAGGGAUGGGGAUUUUUUUGGUAUGCAGAAGAAGGGAUUCCAUAACUGUGGAGUCUUUACCACCCAUGAUAUCAGCUUGUUCCUGCCCCCAAUUGCUAAAACAAGCAAUAGCCUAUCUGUAGGCAGGGAACUGUGCUAGUUCUCCUCCGAGGUGUACCCCAAUUGCUAAAACAAGCAAUAGCCUAUCUGUAGGCAGGGAACUGUGCUAGUUUCUCCUCCAAGGUGUACCCCAACUUUAAACAGUACCUCAGUAAUCGGUCAUAAUCUACCCAGUCCCACUUCCCACCCUCACCCAGUUCUUCAAAUACCCAAGCUGCUAAUUGAAUGUGGAUCACCGGGAUCAUAAUCAGGGCUCCAUCCCUAUAAAAUACACUGCUGUCAUUUUUUUUCUGUGAAUAAAAACAUGGUGUUCUGUGUAGUGCUGUAAAGGCUGAUGGCGUCCUUUGCUUUGCAUUGUGUAUGCACAAGCACUACCUUUAGAAAUUUUAGUAAUUUGGCAAUGUUACAUAUACUGUAAGCAUCUAGAAACCUGUUUUUAACUCAUAAAAUCUAACAAACAAGGACUGCCCCUUUACCUCUCCAUCUUCUGCAAACCAUCAUAAGAUAUAAACUGCUAUUAAUAAAAUAUGCCACUUUGCACUGCUGGCCCAACCAUAGACACACCACUGACAACUUUUAGAAAUAAAAAAACUGUCCUCUAGUCACCAAAUGAGCAACAUUCCUCCUUUGUUCACAUAUCUAUCAAUGAUCCCAAGUGGGCCCACUGUCCCUAAGGACAAAAUUACAGGUAAAACAGACUUCGCACUGAGAGUUAGUUAAGAGGAAUGACUAAUGCUAAAAAGAUGAUUCAAUAACCGCCACAGGAAAAAGAGCAUUUGGAAAGCGAGGGCCAGACACCAAGAAUCAAGUGCCAGCUGAAAUCGGCAACUAAACACUGUAAACAUAUUCAAAAACAAAUUAAAAGACCCCCUGUUUAGUACCACCAAAUAAAAUAAAGUUCAUGCUUCAGAGGUGAUGGGUAAAUGUACACUUAUGCAUUUCUUUAUGUAAUGUAUUGCAUUAUUUGCAUAUAUUUCCACAUUUAAAUAGCCUUUGCUUCCCACAAGUUCUAAUCAUCUGUUUAAUUUAUACAUUUGCUUUCUAUGGUCUUAACUGUAUACGUCUGACCAGUAAGUGUAUAUAUAUUUCAUGUGUAAGUUACUAUUGCUACAAUCACAUGCUUACUGUCCUAAGUCGUGCAUUUGCUUUUGUCUUUCUUAUACUUGAUCUGUGUACACCUGUUACUUUAUUAUUUGUAAUGCACUACUGUUCCCAGGUCUUGGCUGUAAAGGGUCUGUCUACUAGUCCACUUAUCUGAUUAACAAACUGAAAUAAAGAAAUAAUUAAA